UUUAUCUAUUGUUAAUGUCAGACUAAUAAAUGAAAAGGUUAUAAAAUAGAAAGAAUUAUUUCGUAAAAUCAUAGUGUUCAUUUGUCAGAAUUUCCCUGAAAAGGAAUAAAUGUUGAAACGUUAACAUCUACUUAUAACAACGAGGAUGGCGUCGACGGGUAGUACUCCUUUCCCAAAGUGGCAAUUGGCCAUCCUACUCGGGGCUCCUUUAGCUAUCGGUUUAGGUUAUCUUUAUCUUAGAAAUAGAUUAGAGGAUCCAGAAAAGAAGAAAAUUGCUGAAUUGAAAGCAAAGACGACCAUUUCAUUAGACAAUGAAGACAAUGCUAAGGCGGCAGAAAGUGCUAUUGACCGUGCCAUGAAACUGAAGGGAGCCGGAAACCGAGCAUUUCAUGCAGGUGAAUACGAUAAAGCCAUUGCUCUAUACAAUGAAGCAAUUGAAGCUUGUCCACCUGAUCGUCCCGUCGACUUGGCUACUUUCUAUCAAAAUCGUUCUGCUUGUUAUGAAAAACGAGAAAUGUGGGAACAGGUAAAAGAAGACUGUACUUUUGCGCUUAAACUGAAUGAAAAAUAUGUUAAGGCAUUCCUUCGGCGGUCUCGAGCGGCUGAGAAAAGUGGUGAUCUUGUACUUGCUUUAGAAGAUGUUACUUCUGCUUGUAUAUUAGAAAGAUUUCAAGUGCAGAGUUCUUUAGUCAACGCCGAUCGUAUCCUUAAAGCUCUGGGCAGGCAACAUGCUCGGGAAGCACUUGCUAAAAGACGCCCAGUAAUGCCAUCCAAGCACUUUAUCAAAACAUAUUUUUCUGCGUUUUCUGAAGACCCCAUAAAGGCAGCUAAAGUGGAUAAUGAUUCGACAAGUGGUUUUGCUAAAGCAAAACGUGCUCUAGAAGCUCAGGAUUAUGAAUCAGUGGUAGAUGCUUGUACUGAAGAGUUAGAAUCAGAUGGACAAUUUAAGUAUGAAGCUUUACUCUUACGAGCAACAUUUUAUCUUUUGCUCGGCAGACAUGAAGAUGCACAGAUUGAUCUUGCUAAAGUUAUAGACAGUGACAUUCCAGUCAAGGUUAAGGUAAAUGCUCUCAUUAAGCGUGCAUCACUGUAUACUCAAUUAGAAAACACUGAACGUUGCUUAGAAGACUUUGCAUAUGCAUCAAAAUUAGAUCCGAACAACUCCGACAUAUAUCAUCACCGUGGUCAAGUUUAUUUACUCUUAGAGAGAAUGGAUGAAGCAACUGAAGAGUUUGCUAAAGCCGUUGAACUGAAUCCUGACUUUUCUAUUGCGUAUGUCCAGAAGUGUUACGCUGAUUACAGACAUGCUCAGUUGCAUAAAAAUGUAGGAGCUUUGACUCAAGUGCGAGCUGACUUUGAAAAAGCUUUAGAAAGAUUUCCAAGAUGUGCAGAAGUCUAUAUUUUAUAUGCUCAAGUGUUGUCAGAUCAACAGGAAUGGGGUCGAGCUGAAGCUCUAUUUGAGUCUGCCCUAGCUGUUGAUCCCAAUAAUGCUACACUGUAUGUUCAUAAGGGUCUAGUGCAAUUACAAAAAAGCACAGACUUUGAUAAGGCUGUCAAAUUAAUUAACAAAGCAAUAGAAAUUGAUGACAAAUGUGAUUUUGCAUAUGAAACCCUGGGAACAAUAGAAGUUCAAAGAGGUAACUUAAGGCGGUCAUUGGAGCUUUUCGAGAAAGCAAUUGCAUUAGCGAAGACUGAACAAGAAAUGACACACUUGUUCUCGUUAAAAGAUGCUGCUGCUGCGCAAUUGAAGGUUUCAGAGCGUUGGGGACUUGAUUGGACUGUCAGUUAGACCUUAUUAAUUUUUUGCUUCAAUUACACAAUGAGAAUAAAGUCCAGUAUGAUUGUGAUACAUCCAAAUAGCUUGAAAAAAGUUUUUCAUUUAAAAUUUUAAUCUAAUGUGUGAUAAUAUUUAAUCUUAAUUUUCAUGCUCACAGCAGAAUUGCAAAUUUGCGCAAUAUUCGAAUAUUUUUGAAUGGUAAUUGAAGCCUAUUGCUUGUCGCAUGUAAGUUUAAAAACAAUUGCAAUUUACUUAAAAGAUACGUGUAUUUGGUCAGUAUCAGAAUAUUAUACUGGAAUGUUGUUGUAAAAUUAAUUGUGUUGUUUUACUACAGUAAUACAUUGUACCGUGGCCAACUCGUCGCUCUAUGACUCUGUGCUAGCCUUUCCCAUACAGUUAAAAAAUGUUAUUAUCUUAAUAUGUCUAAAAUUUUGUCCUUGCUAUGCUAUAUAUGCUAUAAGCAUAGCAAUUUUUAGGUGAUAUAAAAUGAUUGCUUGUGUGUAAAAGUGAUUUUAAAAUAUAUUUCAGACUAAUAUUCAUAUUCUGUUAAUUGAAUAUUAUGUAAUAUUCUUAAAUUCUUUUAAUAUAGAAGUGGGUAAUGCCAUCCAUACUUGUAAAUAAAUAUUUGUAGAAUACUUGCAGUUUUUGACAAUCGAACAAAUAAAAAGAUUCAUGUAAAAAAGUUAACCAGUACUAAAACAAACUAUCUUUCAAAUUUACUAUUAACUUUGCUGAAUAAAUUUCUUAAUAAUCUUUAAAUGGUGACAAAACCACCCAGCACUUCCAACAUAAAUCACAUAAGCUGUUUUUAUUCCAAGUAAUAACUGUAAUUAAUACUAUAAAUCUAGUUGAAACAAUUUUAGAUUAGUUUUGUCAAAUUUCAUACAUUGGUAUUGUAUGUUUAAUAUACGCAAUACAAUAAGCGUUGAAAUUUGUAAAAAAAAAAAUAAGAUUAUUGUGCAUCAUUAUAAAUAUUAUAUUAAUUUAAUAUUGCAUUUAACACUGCCAUUUUGUAUCAUACAAUUAUAUGGAUAUGAAUAGUAGGCAUAUCCAAUUAUUAUCUAAAUUGAUUAUCGACAUCACUGUCUGUAUAAAUCAAAUUGUUAUUAUAAUUAUAAUCGCUUAUUUUUUAUUCUUAUUAUAAAUACUGUAUACAUCCGUAAAUCUGUAUGUUGAUAAUUGUCAUUUAUAUUUUGCAUGAUUCAUAAUGUCUAUUAAAUUUUUUACGUAAAUUUAUCAUGAGUGUGAACGAUAUGCAACAAAAUAUAUAAAUUAUCAAACUGUUAAGUAUUUAUGUAUAUUUGCACCAGAACAACCGAAAAGUAAAUUAUUUUAUCAUUAGUAUAAUUCUUGCCGAUUAUUACGUUUUUGUUAACUCAUAAUUGUUUCGGUUUAUAGAAACCGAAUAAAUAAAUAUAUAUAUAUA